CGGGAAGUAGGGGGGAAAGAAGUUUGUUGGCGGGACCGGAGCGGUUUGGUGGUAGCCGUUCGGUUACCGGAGUGCUCCGGAGCUGCGGCGGCGGCCGGGAUAUCCCGCGCCUGGGGCUGAACGGGACUGCAGCGUCGCUUCCCGCCACGUGUGCACCUUCAGACCCCAGGCUCAAGGACCUCAGGCUCACCUCUUGUUUGGCUGGCCCAGGACUACAUCCAAAGAAAACCAGUAAGCAUCUGUCUGAGGAGGCCUCUAUCAGUAAGUCUUAGUUUUCCUUAUAUGACAUCUGGUCCUGGUUCUAUUGGGAUCCCAUCUGAGCGCUAAGGAGAAGUCACACUCGUUCUUGUCCCCCUGUGCCCUGUGCUGUUUUGUCUUUCCUGUCUCUUUGUCCCUAGUCUUCUGUGGUUUGGACUUGGGGUGACUGGACAACAAAAUGGGUAAUAAGACUAGUAAGGUUGAUUAUUGUAAAGUUGAUACUCCCUUAAAGUGUGUACUGGAAAAUUUUGACUUACUUUACACUCGUAAGGUUAAGAAGAGUUAUUUUGGUCACAUUACCAAGGAAAAACUCCAGACCCUCUGUGAACAGAAAUGGCCCACAUUAGGGGUUGAAUGGCCCCCUGAGGGCACCUUCGAUCCCAAGGUGGCAUGGGCCGUUUCUUUGGCUGUCGUCGGGCGACGCGACCUCAUGGACCAGUUUGGAUACAUUGUGCCUUGGGCACAGGCAACAUCUAAGCCACCAGUAUGGAUGAAAAAGUAUAUAAUCGUAAAUGGCCUUCAUUCCCCAUCGCCUCGCCCUCCUCAGUCCCAGCCCCAACUCCAACCCCUGACUCAGCCUCCGCCUCAAUCUCAACCCCUGUCCCAGCCCCCUACUCAAUCCCCGCCUCAACCCCAACCCCUGACUCAACCUCAGCCCCCGCCUCAACCCAAACCGCUCACUCAACCCCCACCUCAACACCAAGCUGUAUCCCAGCCCUGUGAUGUCUGUGUGCCUUUCACCAGCACUGAUCUUCAUAACCAGAACACCCGGAACCGACCUUCCAGCACCAACUCGAGCUGCAUAGAUGUGGUGCCUUUGACCACCAUUGAUCUUCUUAACUGGAAGGCGCAGUACCCUCCUUUCAGCACAGACCCCAAGCCCCUAACCUCUCUAAUUGAAUCUAUCUUUCUCAUCUACCAUCCUAGUUUGGAUGAUUGCAAGCGUAUCUUUUAUGUGUUAUUCACAACGGAGGAGAGGGAACGGAUUCUGACAGAAGUGUCUAAAGCAUUUCCUUGGCUACCUGAACUGACUGGCGAACUUGUCCUGCUUACGCAGAGUGCAGACUGGAAUUCUAGGGUAGAGAAAGGUAGGAAGUCCCUCAGGGAAUAUUACUGUGCUUUGCUUGUGGGAUUGAAACGGGCAGCCCGGAAGCCCACUGACCUUUCCAAGGUGGCAGCCGUGAGACAAGGUAAGGAUGAAUCGCCUUCAGUGUUUCUCGAGCGCCUCCUAGAGGCGUACCGUGAAUAUACAACCAUAGAUCCAGAGGACCCGAUCUUCCUCCCGUCCGUUCACAUGACCUUCGUAUCUCAGUCUGCCCCAGAUAUACGGGAUACACUCCUAAACAUUGAUGAAUAUCCGAGUAUGAGUAGGUCGGAAUUACUAGAAAUAGCCCAGGAUGUGUUUAACAAUAGAGAAUACAAACAACAGCAGCUGCUAAUAAGGCAACUGACUAAGGCUAUCACCUCUGCACAACAAUGUGCUGCCUGCAGUCCUGGUCAGAGAACGCACAACCGGAGGAGCAGGCCCCUGCGAAGAAACCAGUGUGCUUACUGCAAGGAGUUGGGGCACUGGAAGCAUGAAUGCCCCCAACAGAGAUGGGUAGGUCCUCCCUGGCCAAAGCCACGUUUUGCUUGAGGACAAUAGUGAGGCCAUAGCUUUUUCAAAUUAGGCCCCCAAGAGGCUAUGGUAAUCUUUUUAAUUACUGUCAACCUAUACUUUUCCUUGUCAACAUGGGGCCUUCACCUUUGGUUUUUUUUUGUGUGUGUGUCUCAUUACCACCCCCCACCCCCUCUGUAGCUUUGGAGCCGGUCCUUGGAGCUAGCUCUUGUAGACCAGGUUGGCUAUGAACUCACAGAGAUCCACCUGCCUCUGUCUGGGAUUAAAGGCCACCACCGCCCAGCUCACAUUUGGUAUUUCAAAAACCCUUAGGGCUGCUCACCAUUCAAACAAUGGAAAUGCAGGGGAAGUCAGGAAAUAUAAGUGGACUGUUAAUCUGGGAAUCUGGGAAAGGGGACAGUGAUUGAUUCCUUCAUGACUAUCCCUGAAUGUGCCCAUUCCCUUUGCUGGGAAGAGACCUCCUAAGCAAGCGCCAGGCAACUAGCUUAUUCUCAGGAGAUAUGCCUAAACUACAACUAGGGUGCCCAGCCACAGUCCUGACCAUCACCUGUCCCUUAAGUGAGGAGUUCCUCCUCCACUUCCUCCUCUAGCGUCUGAUCCAAGGCCCUGAGAGGAAAUUAAAAGAACAAGUGAUCCAGGGAUGUUCCAGCUCCCUGGGCCAGAGAUAGUCCUUCUGGUCUGGCCAAGCAUGUGUUACCAGUUAGAGUUCAGCUGACUUCUUGGGCCAUGCCCAUCUGUGUCAGACGGUAUCCCAUCAGUACAGAGACCAGAGAGGGACUCAAUUGCCUUCUCAAGGCAGGCAUGCCACUCAGCAUGGAACCCCCCCUUAUUACCAGUCCAAAACCUGGGAUUAGUACAGUAUAGGAUUUAAGGAGAGCACAUGAAUGGGUGGAACCUGUUUGCCCAACUGUUCCCAACCCUUAUACUCUGUCUCUGUUCAGCAUGCUGCUGUCUGAGCAUCAGUUUUAUACUGUACUGGAUCUAAAGGAGGCAUUUUUCUUUUCCCUUGUCAGAAUUAAGUCAGCCUGUCUACAUUUAAACAGGCUGACCCUGAACUGAGAAUAUCGGGGGCAACUGAACUGGACCCGAUUACCUCGGGUUCAGCAAAUCCCCUGCCAUCUUUGAUGAAGCCCUCAACCAGGAAGUCAUAAUUUGAAUCCCUUUUCCAACCACAAAGAGGCACAUUAGGGCGUUCUGGGGUUUCAUUGGGUAUUGCUGCCUCUGGAUACCUAAGUUUGUUGGCGUUGCCAUACCCUUGUGCUCAGCCACUGCAGGGGCUUAAAACCCCUUUGUGGAGUGCACUGAGGGAAGUUAGCAGGUUUUUUUUUUUUUUUUUUUGGUUGUUGUUGUUUUUUAAGACAGGGUUUCUCUGUAGCUUUGGAGCCUGUUCUGGAACUAGCUCUUGUAGACCAGGCUGGCCUCGAACUCAGAUUUGCCUGCCUCUGCUGAGUGCUGGGAUUAAAGGUGUGCACCACCACCGCCCGGCUAAUUAGCAGAUCUUAAAGGAACUUGAAAGUGGCUCUUGUGUAGGCUCUCCUUAACUCUUCCUGACAUCUCCAAGUUCUUCAACCUCUGUGUUCAUGAGAGAAAGGACAUUGCCAAAAGAGUCCUGACCCUGGGUGUCUGGAAAAGGCCAGUUGCCUACAUUUCAAAAAUGUCUAUGAGCCAUGGCAGCAGCCGCAAUCCUUGUAAAAGAGACAAACUUACCAUGGUACAGAAUCUAACCACAACAACCCCAUGUGCAUUGAGACUCUAUUAAAAGAUGCCACUAAUUGCUGGAUGUCUAAUGCUGUCUAGUCCAAUAUGAGGCCCUUCUCCUAGAUGAGGAUAGAUUGGCUUUUGACAAACCCAUGGCUGUCAACCUUGGUACCCCAUUACUGGACAGUGACCCUCAGGAAACCAUACAUGACUGGAGAUCCUCGAUGUCAUUCAGGGUCGCUGACUAGACCUCAUGGCUGGUCCCUUCAUAGUCAAGGCAAUAGUUUUGUCUGUGAAGGAACUAGGAACACUGGGACAGCAGAAGUUCUGGGCCAGAAAGGAGUCGUUUGGUCAUAAGCUCUGUCCAAGAGGCACAUUGGCCCAAAGAGAGGAAUAAUGGCCCAGAUUAAGGUUCUAAUCAUUUUUUCUAUAUUUCUCCAUAGAAAUAUAUUUCUAUAUUUCCUGAACUCCAAUGGUAAUGCAUGCAACAUAAUUUCCAGUUUAUAUUGAGGGCUUCUAAAGUCAUUUGAGACAGUUUGGCCAUAAAGAUCAGUCAAACCCCAGAGUUGGGGAGGCCAAAUCCCUUUACCAUAACUCCCAACCUCUCUAAAACCAACUUUAAUUGUCAGUUGUGGUCAUUGUAACACUGUGUUUUCCAACUUAAAUCUGGAACAUUUGUGAUUCUGAAAACUCAGGUUGGAAUGAAGGAAGAACCUGGGGAAUUAGGCUCUGUGCAGUUGGAUUGAAUCCUGCUUUCUCACUUACCAGCUAGUGAUAGGCAGUAAGACAGAAGAGCCUAAACCUAUAGGCCCCAGUAGAGACCUCCCCGUACCCCAGGUUCUUGGUUCUUCCAGCACACCCAUGUUCCAAAGACUUAAGAAGUACUGUCUUGCCUAAUCUAACCUCUCCAUAGCCCUCUCCUGUUAAAAGGAAAAUCCAAAAAUCUCUAUUCAUGUUAUGAGACACCUGCUAUGGGACAGAAGGAAAGCCAAAAUUAAGUGACUAUUCUAUUGCCACUGUUCUCAAUCCUUUGGUUUUACUUUGAGUCUUUAAAACUUUUUUUUUUCUGGGGGGAGGGGGUUGAGACAGGGUUUCUCUGUAGCUUUUGGAACCUGUCCUGGAAGUAGCUCUUGUAGGCCAGGCUGGACUUGAAAGCACAGAGAUCCACCUGCUUUUGCCUCGGAGUGCUGGGAUUAAAGGCCUGCGCCACCACCACCUGGCAAAACAAGUAUAAAUAUUUCUCAAAAUUUAUAAAAUUAAUAUAUGUAUAUACAUAUACAUUAAAUUUUUAUGUAUUUUUGAGAUUUAUUUUUUGUUAUGUAUAUAUACAGUAUUAUUCCUGCAUGCCAGAAGAGGACACCAGAUCUUAUAGAUGGUUGUGAGCCACCUUGUGGUUGCUGGACACUCAGCACCACACCUCUGGAAGAGCAGCUAGUGCUCUUAACCUCUGCUCCAUCUCUGCCCCUCUGUCAUGAUAUUAAUGGUCAUAUAGAAUACUAAUUCUAGAAAAAAGAUUUAUUAGCUUCCUGUACAUGAUUUCCGGGUUUUAAUUACUAUCAGGUAACUAGGAAUUAAGUUUUUGUUACUCUGGAUGCACUUAAUAAAUUGUGGUCCUUUAACCUUUUUGUAAUCUGCUGCAUAUGACAUUUAAAAUGCUUAAGUUUUCUGCAGUGAACUGUGACCAUUCCUAACAGCAACCUUUGACGUCUCCAAAAGGAUGAUGGGGCCCCACAACGAUUCCACCUGCAUUGUGGUAAGGCCUUUACACUGACAGACACCACCCAAAGAUCGGCUUUGAACUCCAAACUUCUCAGGACAAUUUCCAGGUGGCUAGCCGUGAUGGUGCAGCCUCACAGGCUCCUCCAUUGCAACUGGACAGCAAGUGAUACUACAGCUGGCUCUCCCAGGACUUGACAAUGGUCCCAGUUUUCUCAGGGUCCCCUAAAGAUGCCAUCACCCCCAAACAGCAGGAAGCAAUUUUAAGAACACGACGCCCACAUUCCCAAGAGGUGGGGUGGGCAGUUUUUGGUUGUUCAAUGGGUUAUGGAUACUUGUCAUUGUUUAUGGGGGUUGGUUACAAGUUGUUAUUAUUGGUAAUGGUCAGGAAAAAACUGAACAAAGGAGAUUAGAUUCAGGGAUCUUCUUCUGAAAAGAAAAAGGGAGGGGUUAAAUGAUAGGAUAAAAGGGUAGAUUAUUGAAUCUACUUUUAAACCAAAAAACUACUAAUCUUAAAUAUUUUACAUUGGUAUGGACUUUUGUAUAUUGAUACAAAUUUGAGGUUACUUUUGUUAUACUGAUUAGAAGUUUUUACUUUUGUUUAAGAUAUUUUUGUAUAGUGAUACAAAUUUAAGGUUAUUUUUGUUAAACCAUACUGAAUAUAUGUUCCUAUUCUUGUUUCUAAGAAUGUCUAAACAGCUCAUUUAACAAUGGAAUGUAUAUUUCUAGUCCUUGAAACUUAGGGUAAUAAAGCAAUACAGGUUACCAGUUACAUUACAAUCAUACUUGUAGUUAAGUGUGUUUUCAAGGUCAAACAUAUUUCAGAUAGACAGGCGGUCUUCAAAGACUUCAGAGAUCAUCAGAAUAUGGCAUUUAAGAUGUUUUAAUAACAUAAUUUUUUUUUUUAAUGACAAUGAGACAUGUCUCCUCCUGGCAGCACCAAUCUACUUCAGAGAAGAUGAUGGGCGUCAAAGAGUCUCCAUAUGGAGUUUGCUUUCUUUGUGGCAAAAGUUAUGCACUGGGCAAGAAACUGCCCUUUUCUCAACUGCUGACAGUAUGCUGUCCUAGUUGGACAAGCAGGAUCAUAAAGUGACUGUCGGACUUUGCCAAGACAAUGUGGGACAGUCCUUCAAAAUUCCUGCUUUACAGAAAAGUCUGUCAGAUAUUCUAGGCCUGUAGGCUGAAGAUGGAUGCCCCAACGUUACAGAGGAAUCUCUGGUGACUGUCCAGGCAGCCAGCUGUCUCUGUCAUUUCUUAGUUUGGGAAGUUGUUUGUUCUGCACUUCCUGUCUACUCAGGUAAUAUUAUAUCCUUCUCAGGUCUCUGAUGAAGUUGAAGACUAGAUAGUUAUACUUUUCCUUGUUACCAGAUUCAGAAAAGAAGCUCACAAAAGAGGUAAAGUGUUUUUUAUUUAGACAAGAACGCAGAAACGUGGACUAUUCCUCUAUACUGUGUGAAUUUAUGUCACUGUGAUUGGUUUAAUAAGGAAGCUGACUGACCAAUAUCUGGACAGGUAGAGGUUAGGUGGGAGAGCCAAACUAGGAAAAUGCUGGGAAGAAGGGUGGAGUCUGGGAGUGAGGAACAGAUGCAGAGAGAAGCAAGGUGGGCAUGCUGUACUGAGAAGGUGUAUGACACCAUGUGACAAGGCGUACAUAGAAACAUAAGAGUUAGCUAGUAACAAGCCUGAGUUCUUGGCUGACCAUUUAUAAUGAAUAUUAAGCCUCUGUGUGAUUACUUGGGAGCAGCUGGUGGGAUAGUUGCCAGGCUACUGGCUCUGCUGUGCACAGAAUAAAGCUUGCUUUGAUUUGGCCGUAA